AUGUCGAAUGCUUGGGAUGCGAUUCGAGCGGCUAUAGAGGAGGAAAGAGCAGGACAUAUAUACGAGGGAAAGAGGACUGGGGAUCGAAUGAGUGAAGCGGAUAGGAAGAGAUUGGGCACAUGUGUAGCCGGAUGUGGACAUGAUGAUGGGGAGGAGAGGAGGGAGCUGAGGCGUGCUGUUGAGGAAGAGAUGCUGCCAGCAAGGGAUCUUGUGGAACGUCAAGACAGUCCUGAAGAAUCAUUUAUGGCAAGCAUAAGGUCAUCGAUCUUCGCUGCGGCUACGACAGCAGGUACUGCAACCGGCGAUACCACUACAGACAAUCUUUCAUCCGCUACCACACGCGCCCCAGAUGUGGAGACCACAAUUGAUGCCGAAGGCAACGUCGUUACUACCACGCUCGACGUGCCCAGCGGGACACAGGCCGUGGUCACGCCAACAUUAGCAAGCACCAGCGCCCCCUUUAACACGAAGGCUGGCGAAGUUACUAGCACUGCUGGUCUGGCUAAACCGACAGCGACAGAUUCAUCGAGCACUUCCUCUUCUCAACAAGAUACCUCAGCACAGCAGGGACACGACAGCUCUGGCGGAUUGACUCAGUCCGCGAAAAUAGGCCUUGGAGUCGGAGUCGGAGUUGGAGUCCCACUUCUUCUCGCCCUGAUCGCUCUGCUCUUCCUCCGGCGUCGCAAGAGACAGAGUCACAAGCGCAUGUCUCCCAAGUAUGAAACGCGAGGACAAUCUGAUCUCUCCAUGAUUGAAACUCCACACCCAGGCGCCAUGUCAGCAUCCCGCGAGCCACUACAUCCCGAUCACGGCGAAGUAAGCAAGCAAUUCCACAGCCAGCAGUAUCAGGCAUAUCAUCCCCCGCCUCCUCCACCGCCACCCAUCGACACUUUUGGAGAUGAAGAUGUCUUCCAGACCCCGAUCAGCGCUAUCACGCGCUCUGAAUUGCGCACCCCAAUCUCAGAUGGGCGGCCAAUGUCGCGGCACAUCCCUGGCGGGCCGCCAGUCCUGACUAUACCUGAGCCGAAUGCUACACCUUUACAAUCUCGAGAUGCUUCGAUCGAUGGUGGUGUGUCGCCGGUGUCGCCUGUGUCGUCUGUCUCAGCUGUUUCGCGGGUCGGCAGUCGAGCACCAUCUCCGAAGCAGCAGCAAUGGUGGGCUUGUCAGGAUUAUGAUCAGAUGUAG